AUGUUGCCAUUCUUGAAGAGACUCUUGCUGCCUCUUGCUGGUCUUUGCUUCAUCUGCAUUUUGCUCGAAGCACCAGUGUCUCCGGACUCACGAUAUGCCUCACAAUUUUUCGAGAUGAAUGACCCUCUAAGAGUUCCAAUAUCUCAUUCCUUCACCAAUACUUCAACCCACAGAAGCUUCGCUGCAGAUGAGGUACCAGAGAUAAAACUCAACAAACCAUCAGCAGACUACAUCAUUCCAGUUGCCCCCUCAGGAAUAAACACAGUAGUACCACAAGCUCUGCUCCAUCUCACAACAUGUCCUCGGUCCCCAAACCGCUUCACAGGACACAUCCGUCUCCCAAACCCCCUCUUCAAUAUCUCCAUGGACCCACCGUCUACCCGGACAGAAGAAAGGCGCACCAUUUGGAAUCCAACCAUCUUCGCAUUGCCAUAUUGGGCAGACAAUCAGUACAUCAUCGUCAGCAUGGUCGUCGCGCACGGCGAAGCUUACCGUCGGAACGUGCUUUGUGAAGCGAGUUUCUGCCGCCCAAAGAACAAGCGGUCAAUAGCAAGACGCGAGAGAAUCUGUACGGAAGAUGAUUUGCGAGUAUUGGGUCCAAAUGGAGGAUUGAGAUGUGUUACAACGCCGAUAGAGGUUGAUGUUCCGCCGACUCCAGCAGAGCGUUGUUCGGGCAUGGAACAGGUAAUGGCUGAUAUUGCAGGCUUUCAUGAUCCAAGGCUGUUUUAUUCUGGCAGAGGAGAACCCAUUCUCAUGGUUGUUUCGCAAUCAAGAUACGCCUGUAUUGGCCUAUGGGCAAUCGAUCUACGAGUUAUAUAUCCAACCAUCCAAGAAACAUUUGCCUCAUCUCCUCGUCGACUUGGACCCGGCCCGCUGAUAUCGUAUUCCACACUGACGGAACUCACUCGCAACCCACCUUCGACACGCCAGAGCUACGAAAAGAAUUGGGUGAUGUUCUUCCCUUCGCCAGCGACAUCCUACUUGCAAUACGAAUUGAACUCCACAACGCGGACCUUUGCUCAAUUGAUUGGCGGCGGCUUGACAACGCAAAACAUGACCGAUCCAUUUGAAAAACCUUGCCUUGCAGAUGGACUCGGAGAGACAGAAACAGACAUAUUUACCGUCAGCUCAUCAUGGCAUCAAGCCACACCUGCCUUGAAACUGGUGCUCUGCACACGAUCAAACACGACUUGUAUCGCCGACAACCCCACUACCGUCUUCUUCGCCGCCAUCCAACGUAAACACAACAACGGAUUCGGCCUCCCAAUACGCUACGAACGCUACUUCGUCAUCUGGUCCGCCACAUGGCCAUUUAAUAUGCUAGCAGUCAGUCAAAAUCCCAUUCUGUUAGCAAACGAGACCAACAGAGGCUGGAAACCAGCCGAGAUCUGGGACGAUGUUCCGGAAGCUGAAGACGAGAAGAGGGGAAUCUGGGGCGAUUUCACUUAUACCACAACUAUCGCGUAUGCGUGGGGAAGAGCAGAGAGCGAUAUCAGAGAGAAGGGUACGGGAUACCUGGAUGAUGAGGUUAUCUUGAGUGUGGGUAUUGAUGAUAACAAUGGGUUGUAUGGAAAAGUUGUCGCGGCGGAUUUGCUGCAGUGCUUGAGGAUCUGUCCUGGCCGUUCGUGA